AUGACACGAAGACGAGAUACCGACUACUCUACUCAUACCGCUAGCACUCGGGAUACGAGGCGCAGCGCCGACUCAUAUGACUCCCGGAGUACCGCCCCUACCUCUCUCUAUGACAGCCCUAGGCCAUCUACGAAGGAGUCGGAUUCUCGAGCUGCAAGGCUCCCGUCGAGCUGUUACGAUGAGGACCUGUCGCCAUCUACGAGCUUGUAUCCGCGGUCAUCUGUCGACACAUAUUCGUCACAGGCCUCAAGCGAAGAUUUUGAGGACGAUCUAGAGACGGAAGAUUGUCAGUACUUGUCGGAUAUUCCCCAGUUACCUGCCUACCGACAUGAGAUCGAGGAUAUCAAUGUCAGACCUUCGACGCCCGAGGACUUCGCUAGCCUGUUUCCGUCCAUGAACAGACUGACUAUUCGCCACGACGACUUUACGUCGGAUGGAAACAUGAACCUAAGGGUAGACACAGUCGUUACGGGUAGACGAAAAAAGACCAUCCAGCUCUUCCACUUGCGCAUGUACGAUCUGAACAAGCGCGAGUUUUCCCUCAGGCGGUACUGCCGAGACUCUGGCCGUGAAAUUUGCAAUUCGAAACGCAAAUACAUCCAGCCAUCCAACACAGCCCGGCCCAACUUACAGCGGUCAGUAUCGACCGCAGUGAAGUCCCUAACAAGACGGCCGACGCUCAGCCGCAUUCCCACCAGCGGGUCGGUCUUAUCUAGGAGUAGGCCAGGAACAAGCAACUCUGCUGCGGUUGAGGUUGACGACGUCUUCGCCAACACCCUUACCCGUGCCAUUUCCAUUGAAAGCAAGAAGGAGAAACCUCGCCCGACGGCUACGAAUAUGAUCAAACUCGAGUUCUCCAACUACGCGCGGGUUGAUGUAGUGCGGCGUGGAAACAGGAACACGAAGAGAUACGAGUUCGAAUGGUGGGGCCACAAGUACUCUUGGAAGAGAGUCGUCGACAAGCUCACAGAUUCUGUCUCAUACCAUCUUCUACGAGACGGCCAAAACCACACACCGGUUGCGCACAUUGUUCCAGAAACUCGAUCACCAAACCAAGUUAUUGCAGACGAAGAAGCCAACGGUUGGGUACCCCCUUGCCAUAUGUGGAUCAGUGACCCUGAGUUGGUUGGCGCUGUGACUGAUGUUGCCGACGUCGUCGUCGCAACCGGUCUGAUGGCACUCGUUGAUGAUUGCAUUAAGGAACGUUGGCAGACAAAGAAGGUCCACAAGAUUGGACUCCCACUCAUGUCCAGAUCCCUGGAUGUGGAAGUCGUUAGCCCAAGGACUUUCAUGCAACACAUGUUUGCCCGUCGGAAUUCAGAGCACCAUCCAAGCCCAUUACGCUUCAACCAGCGAACCGUCGCUGCUUACUGA